CAUGGCGCGUUGCCCUGCCACGCGUCGCCAAGUUCCGCGCACUCAGCAAUGUUCCGUUGGCUCUUUCCCGGGGAAACCGGGCCAAACCCUCUCCUCUCCUCCUCCUCUGCAGAGAUCUGCAGCUCUCCGUCUUCUUCAAUGCACUCAUCAGCGCUCCAACAAAAUUCGAUCGGACAAGAAUGGGUGUCCUAGAACACGUUGCAAACGUUGUAAAUAGCAGCAGCAGCCACGAGCAGGUGGUGCCGAUUACCGUGUUCGUUGCUAUUUUGUGCUUCUGUUUGGUGGUCGGCCAUUUGCUGGAAGAAAACCGAUGGGUCAACGAGUCCAUCACCGCCAUUUUCAUAGGAUUCCUGGCUGGGACUGUCAUUUUGUUGAUCAGCAAGGGGAGAAAUUCUCACAUACUGAGAUUUAAUGAGGAACUGUUCUUCAUAUAUCUCCUUCCACCAAUAAUAUUCAAUGCCGGAUUCCAAGUCAAGAAGAAACAGUUCUUCCAGAAUUUUCUGACUAUUAUGCUGUUUGGGGUUGUUGGGGUUUUCAUAUCAACCUGCAUCAUCACUACAGGCAGCUGGUUGCUGUUUCCAAGGCUCAGUAUUAGUAAUUUGAGUGUUCGUGACUAUCUUGCUAUUGGUGUCAUAUUUUCGUCGACCGAUACUGUUUGCACGUUGCAGGUAUUGCAUCAAGAGGAGACCCCCCUGCUAUAUAGCCUGGUUUUUGGGGAGGGAGUGGUCAAUGAUGCUACAUCAGUUGUCCUCUUCAACGCAGUUCAAAAGAUUGAUGGAAGUACACUUGAUGGCUGGGCUUUCGCCAGAGUCCUCGUUGACUUUUUGUACCUUUUCUUCACAAGCACUGCACUUGGUGUUGGUGUUGGGCUGUUAACGUCAUACAUUCUAAAAGUUUUCUACUUUGGGAGGCAUUCCACUGUUCGCGAAAUAGCUCUCAUGGUUUUAAUGGCAUAUCUAUCCUACAUGUUGGCUGAGCUCUUCAGCCUUAGUGGGAUUUUGACUGUCUUCUUUUGUGGAGUUCUCAUGUCUCACUAUACAUGGCACAAUGUGACUGAAGGUUCGAGAAUUACUACCAGGCACGUAUUUGCGACUCUAUCUUUCAUUGCGGAAACAUUCAUAUUUUUGUAUGUGGGAAUGGAUGCUAUGGACAUCGAAAAGUGGAAAAUCAGCAAAUUGAGUGUUCAGAAGUCGAUGGGUGUAUAUGGUACUGUCCUCCUACUCAUACUAGUAGGACGUGCAGCUUUUGUAUUCCCUCUCUCUGCUCUUUCCAACUGUAUGAACCGGAACCGCACAAGGUCAUCGUCAAUAACAUUGAAGCACCAGGUAGUUAUAUGGUGGGCCGGGUUAAUGAGGGGAGCUGUAUCUAUUGCCUUAGCCUUCAAGCAGUUUACUCACUCUGGCGUCACACUAGAUCCCACCUACGCUACAAUGGUCACAACAACAGUCAUCGUAGUGCUCUUCAGCACAAUAGUAUUUGGUUUUCUGACAAAACCCCUUGUAAGUUACCUUCUUCCUCAUCGUCAUGACAGUAGCAGCGGCAUUGACCGGGAACCAAGUAUCUCUAAGGAAGACAUGAGGCUUCCAUUGCUUUCAUUUGAGGAAUCAGCAACAACCAACAUUCUGCGCGCAAAGGAUAGUUUGUCCAUGCUCAUCGAAAGGCCCAUCUAUACUGUCCAUUCCUAUUGGAGGAGGUUUGAUGAUGCCUAUAUGAGGCCAAUAUUUGGUGGGCCACAUGCCAUGAAUUCUCAAGAUAGAAGGUAGGUUGCCCCGGGGCACAACUCAACUGGCAAAGGCAGUUGGUGAGCCUUGCUAGCGACCUAAAGGAUGGGGGUUCAAGUCUUGGAGGCGUCUUUUUUGGAUUCAGCCCCUUGUAGGUGAGAUUAGCCAUAACAAAAAUCAUGUCGUCCCUGGUCAGUUGAGUCACAUCGCGCAAUUCAUCUCGUCCACCAACCCCAGUGGAGGGGUGUGGGAGACUCUGGGCGGGGAUUCCACCUUUUUUUUCAAGAUAAGAAGGUAGGCUAUCUGUAAUCAUGGAUCACUUUAAGAAUGGAAAUAUCAAUCUUGUCUAUCCAUCUUUUUUCUAGUACUAUUAAGUCUAUU